GUCGAUUGACUUCAGCGCCGACGCGCUGCUCCCCGCUGCUCGUGCGGGUGUGUGCCACCUUGCCGCGUGCCCAGACGCGGUCAGUGAGCGAUGGUCUUCGAGGCGCGCGUCGAAUCCGCAAUCACCAUCCACGCCUGGAACGCGGACCGCACGCUCCUCGCCGUCUGCCCGAACGACAAUACGAUCGCCAUCCUCAAGGUCCCGACCGCCGAGCCGCUGGACGGGCCGUGGGAGCGGGUGGCGACGCUGAGUGAGCACGACGCGCUGGUGACGGGCAUCGCGUGGGCACCGACGUCCAAUAAGAUCGUCACCGUCUCGCAGGACCGCAACGCCUACGUCUGGACGCAGGUCGGCGGCGAGUGGAAGCCGUCGCUCGUCAUCCUGCGCAUCGCGGCGGCGGCGACGUCGGUGCAGUGGUCGCCGGGCGAGGAGAAGUUCGCGGUCGGGUCGGGCCCCAAGGUGGGCCCGGUGUGUUCUUACGAGGGGGCAAACGAUUUUGGGGUCUGGAAGAGGAUCAAGGAUCCCUCCUCCACGGUGGGGGGGGUUGGGGGGCCCCCGAGGGCCCGGUUCCUGCCCACCGGGUGGUUGGACUGCCGCUGCCGCGGCUUCCCGGCGCCCCUGAGGAACAUUGACGGCAAAAAGGCGACCACUCCGUGGGGCGCAGCGGCCAAGUUCGGGACGCUGCUCUACACGUACGAGGCGCACGGCUGGGUGCUCGACGUCGCCUUCUCCGCCGCCGGCGACGCUCUCGCCCUCACCGCGCAAAACUCGACCGUCGCCGUCGUCGACAUGGCCGCGGCGGCCGCAGGCUCGGAGGGCGCGGCGCAGACCAUCCGCCUCUCGGAGCUGCCUCUCACAAAGCUCCUCUUCCUGCCCGACGGCCAGGCGAGCGCCGCCCUCCGCCGCCUCCUCCCGCCGCCGCUUCCUCCCACCGCCGCCUCCUCCUGCCUCUGCCGCCGCCUCCCGCCGCCUCCUCCUGCCGCCGCCGCCUCCUCCUGCCGCCAGGUCGUCUCGGCGCGGAGGAUGUUUCAGGCGGCAGCCUCCACCGGCACCCUCGACUCCGGCGCCGCGACCCUCGCCUCGCUCCACCAGUUCGCCGUCUGCGGGCUGCAGCGCUUUGGCGGCCGCGUGGUGCAGAGCGACGCCGUCUUCACGUCGUCCGCGCUCGACGGCAAGAUCGUCGGCUGGUCGGCGCGCGAGAUCGCGGCGGCGGCGCAGUAGGGAGGAGGGCUGCCAAGUAGGCUGGCGUUUUGUUUUCCACUCGUUGCGAAUUCUUGGAGCACUUGAAUCCUUGGAGCCUUUGGAGUGCAGUUGGUAGUACUUGGAGCACUUGGAGUGCAGUCGGCAACCUC